GACUGACAGGAUCUCUAUUUAUUUAUCCACGCCAGCAGGGGGCGGCAACGCGCCCGAAACACCGAGAAGGGUCUCUACGUCAUCAGAAAGCGCCACGUUUACACGCGACAGCGGCGCACUGUCACAUAAAUAAAGUGAUCAGUGUGUCUCCCGACAUUACAGCGACACGCACCUCUGACCGCUGAGGACCUGCUGCCGGAGAACAUCCGGGUCCCCUGUUGGAGCUCGUUCAGCCGGCGGUCCGAUGUGCCAGGUGGGCGAAGACGACCACGAGCUGCUGCAGCGCGCGGAGGUGCCCGGUGUUUCCAAGAAAUGUGUGAAAUGCAAAGAGGCGACUGCAGCCGUGGUCAUCAGAGCGGGAGAUGCGUUCUGCAGGGGCUGCUUCAAGGAAUACUUCAUCCAUAAGUUCAGAGCCAUGCUGGGAAAGAACCGAGUCCUUUUCCCUGGAGAGAAGGUGCUGCUGGCUGUAUCUGGAGGUCCUUCUUCCUGCUCAAUGCUCGCUCAAGUCCAAGAGGGGCUGAGGCAGAAUGCUCACAAGAAGUUGAGAUUCUUACCUGGCAUCGUCUUCAUUGACGAGGGCGGUGCUGUAGGUCAGUCUUUGGAGGACAGACGGAGGAUGGCGGCUGAGCUGCAGGCGGUGUUCAAAGCGACGGGGUUCCCCUUCCUCGUGGUGCCUCUGGAACAGGUUCUGGACCUGCCCAGUUCAGUUGUGGCGGCGGCCCCGGCGCCUUCGGAGCGAGCAGCCGGCGUCUACAAAAAAGCCGUGGGUCGCUUCAUUCAGAGGGACGGCGGAGGCCGCCAGGCGCCGCUGGAACGGGAAGAAACCCCUUUAGCUGAUGUGCCGGAGUGCCGCACGCUCCUCCUGCAGCAGCUGGUCGGCUCCGCUAAGACGCUGACGGCCAGAGAAGACCUGCUCAACACAUUAAGGCAGCAUCUGCUGGUGCACACGGCUCGCACCGAAGGCUACAGCAAGGUGAUGCUGGGAGACAGCUGCACCAGACUGGCUGUCAAACUGCUCACCAGUAUAUCGCUGGGCAGAGGAGCGCAGCUGGCUCAGGACACGGGUUUCUCAGACUCCAGGUAUGGGGACAUCGUACUGGUGAGGCCGAUGAGGGACUACUCGGCUAAAGAGAUCGCUUACUACAACCGCAUGUUCAGCGUGCCCUCUGUUUUCAUACCAGGCCUGGACACAAAGACGAGAGACAAGUCCAGCAUCCAGCGUCUGACCGAGAGCUUUGUCACCAAACUGCAGGCAGACUUCCCCUCCACGGUCAGCGCCAUCUACAGGACCAGCGAGAAGCUGCAGACGGCGUGUACGAGCUCCUCCUCGGCUGACCACGGUGACCGGUGUCUGCUCUGCAUGUGCGCCCUGGACACGGCUGCCGAAAACGCUUCAGCCUUCAAGGCCACGCUGAUCUCAGAGCAGCUCUCGCAGAAGAAACCUCCAGGAGCUCCCAGUGCUGCGGUCCCAGAACCAGGUACAGCAGAAGAGACCUCCUCCAGCUCGGCUCACCUAGAGUACCGUCAACGGUUCCCUUGGUUCUUGGUCAGUAAGGUCGGUGUCCUGUGUUUCCAUUGCAGCUCCAUUGGAGCCAGAAUCGGCUGCUGCUACUGGACAGUGCUGCUCCUCUGGUGGAGGAGAGGAUUGUGGGAAAGCAGCCGGUGGUGGUGGCUGCUGCUCAUCUGCCAGGGAGCCAGAGAGCAGCGACCUGAGGAGGCUGCUGUGUUACAGCUGCCAGCUGACCAUCAGAGACAUGUCGUCGGUGGACCGUCUCCCAGUCUACAUCCUGUCUGAGGCCCAGAGGAGGCUGAGGAGGUCUCAGAUGAGAGAGCAGAUUGGGGAGUUCCUGCUGGAUCAAGGUGACGAAGGCGAUCAGAGGAUGACGUGAAGCGUCCACUCUGACUGCACUCUGCUCAAUGGGGGAGGAGCUGUGAAAUAUCAAUGUUACAAAUAUAUUGAUCUAUAUGUCUUGAGAGCUGUUUGGUUUUGUCCCAUUUCAAAUAUAUACACUCAAACCCAGCACACAUACUAUUGGUUUACAAACGGAACAUAAUAAAAUGUCUAUUUUUACUGCUUCUCCA